ACUCAACCCCGCAACAAUUGGUGCGUGCGGGCGAAGUUGCAACGGCUUUCGCGACCAAAAUUUCAUUCGCGGCAGCUCCAUCGAACCGCCAUGAAACCAAUCCGCCAUAUCGCAAAAUGGCAGCCAACGAGAUUCCAAACAUCGUGGCCGACGACCCCCCGAGCGCCCCCGAUAUGGCGCCUCCUACCGACGCUACCAACAAGAGCAAUGGGCACCGUGGCAAACGUGGCGGCAGAGACCGUGGAAACGACAAGCAAAAGCGAAAGCACAGCGGUUUCGGGAGCGCAAAGGGCGAUGUUCCCGACCAGCGCCAGCAGGUCCGGAACAACCGCGAUGCGAAACGCCGCAAGGUGAUCGACGAGGACAACAAGGGCAAGAGCUACAUGAGCAUCGCUUUCACCCCCGAAGAGAUCGCCGCCGAGGAACGCCGCCCGAAGCGAAAGGUGGCCGUGCUGAUCGGAUAUGCGGGCACCGGAUACCACGGAAUCCAGAUCAAUCACAAGGAAAAGACGAUCGAGGGCGACCUGUUCUCCGCCUUUGUGGCCGCCGGCGCCAUCUCGAAAGCGAACGCGGACGACCCGAAGAAGUCAAGCUUGGUGCGGUGCGCAAGAACAGACAAGGGAGUCCAUGCGGCCGGCAAUGUGCUCUCGUUGAAGCUGAUCGUCGAGGACGAAGACAUCGUCGACAAGAUCAACCAACACUUGCCAGAACAGAUCAGGAUAUGGGGAAUUCAUCGGACCAGCAAUGGCUUCAGCUCCUACCAGGCCUGCGAGUCGCGCUGGUACGAAUAUCUCAUGCCCAGCUACUCCCUCCUGCCGCCGCAGCCCCACAGCUUUCUAGGCAAGAAGCUCGCCGGCUCGGCCAAGGAGCAAGGGGUAUACGACGAGUACACCGCCCGCCUUGAUGAUGUCAAGGAUUUCUGGGACGAGGUUGAGAAGAACGACAUCCAGCCGAUCCUCGAGGGGCUAGAUGCCGAUGUCAAGGCGGAGGUCUUGCGGAAACUCCACGACACACAAGACCAGGACCUUACCGACGAGGGGAUACCGACGCAACCCGACCCCGGGGUCGUAUCAAAGGAUGCCGAGAUGAAGGACGUGCAAGAGCAGGACCUCCCGAAAGUAUUCAAGCCCGAAAAAGACCUCACCCCCGCCGAAUUCGCCCUCCGCCAAGUCAAAGCCGCCUACGUCGCGGCCAAGCGGCGGUACCGCGCCACCCCAGCGCGCAUCGAAAAGCUCCAGGAAGCCCUCAACUCCUACCUAGGGACGCGCAACUACCACAACUACACCGUCAUGAAGUCCCACAAAGACCCUUCAGCCAUGCGGCACAUCAAGUCGUUCCAAGUCAACCCGGCGCCCAUCACGAUCGGCGACACGGAGUGGCUCUCGCUCAAGGUGCACGGGCAGUCCUUCAUGAUGCACCAGAUCCGCAAGAUGGUCGCCAUGGCCGUCAUGGUUGUUCGCUGCGGCGCCCCGCUGUCUACCAUCACCGAGAGCUACGGCCCCCGGCGCAUCAGCAUCCCCAAGGCCCCCGGGCUGGGACUGAUGCUGGAGCGGCCCAUGUUUACCGGGUACAACAACAAGGCAGCAGGGCUGGGCAAGGAGGCCAUCGACUUUGCCAAGUGGGAAGCCAAGAUUGAGGAGUUUAAAGACCAACACAUCUAUCGGCGGAUGUUUGAGCUGGAAGAGAAAGAGAACUCGUUUCACCUCUUCUUCAACCAAGUCGACAAUUUCCGGACCGACUACUUCCUCUGGGUGACUGCCGGUGGCGUCGAGGCAUCGCACGAGCGUUCCGACAGGACGGAGAAGGUGCCCAAGGCCCUGCAAGCCGAGCUGGGCGACGACGCCGAUGGUGUGGAGGAAGUGGGAACAUAGCGAGAAAAGAAUUGAAGUCAUGUAUUCAACGCUUUGGCGGACGAUGUAUCGUUACUUAGGACAGGACUAGUUCCGGCGAGAAGGACGGCCGGUUGCCGAACUUGAUACCCCUAUUAUGCCGCGUCGGGCAGCAACUGUACACGCUCGCUCGCCACUACCAUUUUUGCCUUGGUUUCGUCUUUGCUCUCUCAGGUCUGGUUGUGACCCAACGAGCUCGGAUCGUCCGCGAUCAUCUCUAAAAUUUCAGGAUCAUACUCUCCCCCCUCCUUUUCUAAACCCCCAUG